AUGGAUAGGGACCAGGCUACGUCUGCAUCGGCAUCUGUCAACCAAAAGGCUCCUGCGGAUUCCCAUCAGCAAGACGAAGGAAGAGACGACCCGGAUCGAAAGAGAAACAAUAUUCGCAAAAGAACAAAAACCGGAUGCUUGAUCAUCUUCAAGCACCCGAUGGGCGCAAUACAGGAAGGUCCCUAUGGCCCUGCUUACUAUCCUCCCGGAUCUGCGCAUCCUGGUUACUUACAGCCAAAGCCGUCUUCUCAAGGACCAUUGCCAAUGAUUGCUCCUAAACCACCAUCGUUCGGCUACAAUGGACACCAACCAGCACCUUAUGGGCACUAUGCUCAUGGGCAAGGAGCUAUGCAACCAGGACCAAAUCCAUACGACUUCAACGCUGGAUCAGCUUCCCAUCCUUGUAACCAAGCCAACGGGAUGACGCCUCCUGAACCGCCAAUACAUUAUAAUAGGCCACCGCCAGAUCCACGAGAUCAGUAUGGCAUGCUUCCUUUCAAUGGGCAAUACGGUCCACCUUACCCAAUUGUUGUCCAGGCAGAGCCCCUGCCCGUCAAAAAGGGAAGUAUGGACACGAACCAAACAGAACCCGCCCCUAGCAUCGAGUACGAAGACCUUGAUAUACCAGAGGACGAUGCCUCAAUGGGCGAAUCAGAUGAUGAAACACAUGAUCCUCGACAGGUUCUGGGACCUGUAAUGAAGCAGUUUAAUGGAACAUGGGAUACGAACGGCACGAGAGUUAGGACCUUUUCGACGUUUGCCCAGUGCAAUAUUCUGUCUGAUUACACAGCUACGGCCAGAAUAACAGAACUCAAGGACCCUGCGAUGUUGCAGAUCUUUAUGCAUUUCAUCCAAGUCACAGGCCCAAGCAUGUCACUAUACGAAAGACAUCCUUUCGAUCAUACUGGCGAGAAUUCCUUUGACCCUACCCCGAAAGGCGCUAACAACUUAUGGAGUUAUACCUUCCCUGUCAUAUCCUUGAACCAUCCUGCAUUGCUUCACUCCAUGCUUGCUUUGGGUGCCUUGCAAAUAGCCAAGUUACAAAACAUCCCGGCUACAGCCGCCAUGAAACACUACCACUUGGCGAUUCGAAGAAUUGCUAGGAACGUGAACACACCCCUGAGACGAACGCAGCCUGCAACCAUAGCUGCGACACUAUUAUUGUCAUACUUCGAGGUUUGGUCGUCGGACCAUACCAAGUGGUGCAACCAUCUUCUAGGAGCUCGGAUUUUGUUCAGCGAAAUACCUCUAAGGGAGAUGUCAAGGAAGUUCUUGCCAGUCAAACGCUUCAAGCAGGCAGAAAAGGAUGCACAAAACCAGAACCAGAUGGACAGCUUCUUCCCUGGUUUGAGCAUACCGUCUCAGAGCGAACUCAACGAUCACGACUACGAACUGUUGCAAACAAUAUCAGGUCAGAACAUCACAGCGGAAGACUAUGGGCUUGGGAAAAAUCAAGGAAUCGAUCCAUCCAGUCCGGUAACAGAUAGAGACAUCGAGCAUUACGAGAACGUACGAGAUCUGUUCUGGUGGUACUGCAAAAUGGACGUUUACCAAAGCAUGCUGGCUGGUACUAGACUAUUCAUGAACUACGAAUCUUGGUCUCAGUGCCCACCUCGAGCACCAAUAUCGAAACUUGAAGCCAUCUAUGGCUCAUAUGAUCAUUUGAUGCUGUUACUUGGCAGACUUGCAGAUUUCUCUUCCAAAGAUAUUCCGCGAAAGAAACGUGCGGGUCAAGCUAGAGGCCCUCCCCCAGGAGCCGCCGGAAGUUCACCACCGCCGUUUAACGGUAUUCUUCCCACAGAUGGCAAGUUCCAGGUUCCAAGGGGUUUCACACCGCCAAAAGAGACAUCACCCCAGAGCGACUCUACAGAAGACAGUGAUUUGGACGAGAGUUACCACAUAGCUCUAGAAGAGUGGGAGUCCAUCAAGCGAGGAUUCGAAGCAUACGAGAGCAAACUGGGUCCGGAAUUUCAACCACUUAAGCCCGAGUUCUCAGACAAGCGAGACUCGCCGUUCGGAAUGACCAUGCAGUAUCGAACGUUCUCUGUGGCAGGAAUCUGGAUGAACUUCUAUAUGGGCAUGAUCAAUCUCAUGCGAUGCCACCCCUCCAUGCCUCCUGCAGCCAUGCAGGCAGCAGGUAUGGCAGCACCUCAGACAGGUCCUUACUCAAACAAGCUGGGACGAAUAGCAGCUGGUUUGUCAGAAGAUGUUUCGCAGGCUACAGAGAUUACCACCCUUGUCAGUGCUGCAUUUAUCGAGAGCUGCUUCUGCCUCUUUGUGGCAGCGAUCGAGUAUCGAGACGAGCAACAACGACAUUGGGUGAUAAGGCACCUGCGCGACAUUACCAGAUUAACUGGAUGGCAAUCAGCAGAACGCAUCGCUACAGGAUGCGAGUCGUCUUGGAUGAAGGCUGCGCAACUCGGCCGUGGACCUCCUUAUGUUAGGGCCGCUGAGACCGAGCCAGUACCUGUCGCCAGAUGGCAGGCUCCCCGGCAAAUCGACCGCUUUAUUCAAGAAGCCGAUACUGGCGAAAUCCGACGGCAGAUUCACGUACCCAAGGUCGAGCGAGCCCAGUUUGCGUUGGGUCUGCUCAGUGUGGAACGUGAUUUUGAGGCUCUCGAUCUCCAAGAUGACAACUAG